UUUUGUCUUUCUUCUUCUUCUUCUUCUUUGGUUGGGAUGCAUCCCCAUCGGCACUCGUCCGCGUCCCCGUCCGCGUCGUCGUUGCGAUCGUCCUCGCUAGCGUUGUCCUUCUCGUCCUUCAAGUCCUCGUCGUCGUCGUUGGUCGUGGCUUGCGUUGUGGUUGCAUUGCUUCUUUGUCUCCAUGGCGAGCACGCAUCCGCCGCAUUUACAAGCACAGAUGUCAUUUUCCAAGCUGAGGCGCUGGAUACAGUUUACAAUGAAGGGUUUUCGAUUGUCACAACCGAAUUGGACAACACCGAGUACCUCUACGACACAUCCCCGGGUGUGAGCGACACCGAUGCAGCUCCACUCCUCGAACUGAGCGGAUUUGCAGGGCUCCUAACCCUCCAAGGCCCGGUCGCCAUUUUCGUAUCGUACACCAGCAACGGCAAUCGAUGCACGUCAGUGAACGUCGAUUUUGGAGACUCUGUCAACGUCACCAACCAAUUUGGGACGGAUGUCGACCAAACCACAGGCGGGUGGACCACCUGUAGCCCUUCGACCAGAGGUCCGGCGUGGCCUCGUUGUCCCUGGGUUUACAUUGGCUUGCUGGAUGGAUGGAAUCCGAUGCAGGGCUUUUCGCGCAUCGAGGUUCCUACAGCUUGUGUUGCGGCGGGGAAAACGGCGUCUGUCGAUGCCUUCCGUGCUGUACAGCUCUGCGUCAAUGGCCGAGUGAACGGAAUUGGCAACGCUUGUGCUUGUGAAAGCAAUUGCAUUUCUUGCAGCGAUCCUUCAAACCCCGUCUCGGGCCCUCCUCAACUGCCUACAUCCACGUCGAGCUGUUUUGCAUGCUCAAGCAAUUGUGUUUCGUGCGACAACAACGGUUGUCUGACCUGUGUGACGCCAUACGUGAGGCUGAGUAAUCUCUCGUGUGCGCUGUCGUGCGAUACCCACCAGUACGCCUCGGCAAACGCGAUCUGCGCGUCGUGCGCAGAGAGCUGCGCUUCUUGCGCCGGUACUGCGACGAACUGCACCAGCUGUUCCUCGGGCACGGUGCUCGUCCAGAACGAAUGCGUGGCUCCUUCCUCUGCCACUCCUUCCGUCACUCCUUCAGAGGUUUAUUCAGUCACUCCUUCAGAGGUUCAUUCAGUCACUCUUUCAGAGGUUCAUUCAGUCACUCCUUCAGAGGUUCAUUCAGUCACUCUUUCAGAGGUUCAUUCAGUCACUCCUUCAGAGGCUCAUUCAGUCACUCCUUCCUCUGCCACUCCUUCUUCUGCAACGCCGUCCUCGGCUACUCCGGUGUCCGUCACCCCGUCUCUGGCGGCAGGCGAUCCGACCAGCUCUGAAAUCAACGCUGCCGCGAUUGGCGCAGGCGUUGGUGGCGGUGUGCUGCUUUUGCUGCUGUUGGUCCUCCUCAUCCUGCUGCGCCGCCGCCGCAAGUCCAAGAAUGCCAACAAGCCCAGUUCCGUCGCUCUGCAAUCGGUGCGCGCUUCCAGUUCAGAAGCGGAUACGACGGACUUGUACGCGCGGCCCUCCGAACUGAGUCGCACUGGUGACGACGACCUGUACUCUGCCCCGUCUGCCGUGUCCCCGUAUUCUCAGUCGUACGCCCAGCCCCAGGAUAAAUCGGGCGCCACACCAAAGGACGGGAAGAGCGGCUCGAACGAGGACGUGUACGCUCGCCCAGCCGAGUACAGCAGCCCAAACUACGCCAAGCCGGUGGAUAGCGCCUAUGCGGCUCCCAGCUCUGUUGCUUCUGAAAAAGCGCCUGGACAGUCCGAGGCGGAUGCAAACGGCGUCAAGCUUGAUGAUGAUCUUUACGCUGAAGUCAGCCGAGAUGCUGGCGCCUCUGGCACAAGCAACCCUUCCGAUCCAGGGUAUGCCAAAGUCAACCCUUCCGAUCCAGGGUAUGCCAAAGUCAACAAAGCGCCCACCGCAGACGUGUAUGCCCAAGUGAACAAGAAUACAAAGUCGGCCGCGGCUGCUGCGGAUGAAGAGAAUGAAAACGCGCUGUCGCUCGAUGAGUCGCUUCUCGUCCGGCAAAAGGGAGUGUAUGAAGAGCUACCGCUUAUCAGUCCACCACCACCGGCAGCUGCUGCUGCUGCUGUUGCUGCUACAACAGCAUCAAGCGACUAUGAAUCUCUUCCUCCAACACCACAACCACCAGCAGCGAGUGAUUAUGAAGAGCUUCCGCCAGUAGCAGCACAUCGCGAACCGAUGCCUCUGCCCCCGAGCGAGUACGAAGAACUCCCUCCGCUCAAAUCGGAAGAAUAACGAAUGUUGCCCAAUGAUUUUGGAUCUCUAGCAGAGUCGCUUUGGCUUUUUUGAUUUUCAAUGAAAUUGCAAAAAUUGUGUCUGGCUGUUUGAUUGGUUUUUGGUUUUUUGGUUGCUCGGUUGCUUGGUUGCUUGGUUUUGAUAAAUUCGUUUCGGU